AUGUCUCUGGUCAGCGUGAGCCUGUUGGCCGCGGCCACCAACGCCAACUACUUUGCCUCGCUGGCCCCCGGCAGCAACCCGUCGACGCCGGCCAUCUCGUUGCGGUCGUACCACCCCGACUUUGAGAGCGUCAUCGACAGCGAAGCCAGUGCCCGAAAGGUACGGGACCUGUCCGAGGAGGCGUUCCACGAAGCGGGCGUCUACAACCCCGGAGACAACUCGCUGUACAUCACGUCCAACUUCAGGCGCGUCGGGGAGCGCAUCCCCAUCACGGUCGUGAGCCUGGAUUCGGACGACUACCCUUCCUACAGCACGCAGUUGCCCGGCCUGAUGAUGGCCAACGGCGGCACGACGUAUCGCCCCCCGGCGACAGCGCCAGCGCCAGCACCACGCCACAACGUGACGGAGACGGCGACGACGACGAAAACGACGACGCGGACGGCGGUGCAAGUGUACUGCGACCAGGGCGACUUUGAGCACUACUCGCAGCUGGUGGCCGUGGAUCCCAACACCAACGAGUCGACGCCGCUGCUGACCAACUUCCUCGGACGCAACUUUUCCUCGCUCAACGACGUGCGCCAACACCCGCAAACGGGCGACCUGUGGUUCACCGACGCGGACUACGGCUACUUCCAGGGCUUCCGGCCGCAGCCGUCGCAGCCAAAGCAGGUGUACCGCUUCGAGCCGGCCACGGGCGUGGUGCAGGUCGUGGCCGACGGCUUCGUGCAGCCAAACGGGCUCGAGUUCUCGCCCGACCUCUCGACGCUGUACGUCUCCGACACGGGCAGCCAGCAGGCCGCGCGGGCGCCCACGCAGCCGUCGACAAUUUACGCCUACGACGUCGUCGACGGGGGCAGGCGCCUCGCCAACCGGCGGACGUUUGCGUACGCCGACACGGGCUUCCCCGACGGCCUGCACUGCGACACGCGCGGCAACGUCUGGGCCGCGUGCGGCGACGGCGUGCACGUCUGGAACCCCCGCGGCGUCUUGCUGGGCAAGAUCCACGUCGGCGAGACGAGCAACAACCUGGCCUUUGUGCCGGGCAAGGUCUUUGUCUUUUCCAACCGCCGCCUUUGGGUCGUCGAGGGCAUCAAGGCCCAGGGGAGGGAGGUGUGCCGGGACUUUGGGGUGGGCUGCCAUGGCUAG